AUGCAUCACACUUGAUGCAGAUUUGCCUUCUUUCCUCAUUUUUCUGGUGUGAGAAACAGCACGUGAGGUCACAGCUUGGUAAAAUAUCGUGCCUGUGAUCUAAGAGCCAUAACUUAUGCCCAUAAAGGAGAGAGAGUGGAGGGACAGUUGAGGAUUUGCAGCCUUAUCUCAUUUCAUACUUCUGGAAAACUGCAGGUGAGAUCCAUUUGGUAGGAGAGACUGGUGAUUCAGAAUCAUUCCCCCGAAGUCACAGAAGCAGUAGAUCCUACAGUGAUGUCAUUUAUAUGAGAAGCAUGUAUGUGGGAAAUAUGUCUGGAGUUGGCCAAAGGUGGAGCAGGUCGUGCAUGUGAUGGGUGAUGCAAUCUGUAGCUGCCGAGGGUGGACUGGCUUAUGGGGAAGUGGUCAUGGGGUAGGACAUGUGUUUGGAAUGCGCCCCUUAAGCAGUCAUGCACGUGGAGCCUUUGGCAAGUCAUGUAUGUCGUAGUCUGUGCAGUCAGCGGCUCAUCGCAGGGAGACAGCUGCCACCUGGUAGUCCUUGCGUAUCUCACACAUGGCCUGGGGACCCUGCAGAUCAGACCUGAUUGAAUCGAAUUGAAGCUGUCAUUUAUAGAAAGAUGCAUUGUUGUUUUUAUGACCUAAUUAAACGCUGCCUUGCCAGCGAUCACAGUCCACUUGCAAAAAUGUGGAAGUGUGUCGCUUACAUUUGAUGAAUUGCCAAAUACGUAGGAUGAACAUUGUUGGGUUGUGCAGGGAACAGCUGUUCAUGGCUCCUCGAAGGUGCCAGGGCCUGGCCAGAACUCCUCGCCACUUUGGUGUUCACUCUUUGGUUGAGUCUUUCCUUUCCAUCCAGCCCUGCAUCCCCACCAUGGGUGCUGGAGCCAUGACCAAACGUUGCCAGGGCGGAGCAUGGGAAGAACCCACCAGCAUCUAAGUUCCCUUCAGGAUCUCAUUUCAAUAAUUCAUCUUGAGGUGUUGAUGGGGAGGCUUUCCUUCUUCCCUUCCUUAGAAUCUUAUCCUAGCCAAGAAAUAUCUGUGCCAGGAUCAUCUCCCCACUUUACAGAUGGAGACACAGAGGCCCUGAGAAGAGAUGCAAUUUAAACAAAGCUAUCUAAAUAGUGAGGGAGCCGGUUUCUAAACCUAGGAUUCCUGGCACCAAAUCCAGCUGCUUUUCUCUUCAUGGCUCUCCUCCCUCCAGCAUCUGGGCCCUAGGAGGAGGGGAGAAGAGAGGAAAGCCGAGCAGGCCAGGAAAGGGCAUCCAGUGGUUGGAGGAAGAUGGUAAGGAUGCCUUCUUCCACCACUCAACCCACAGCCCCUCUAGUCUGCUUACAAUUCACCCACCCAUUCGCUCACUCACUAAUCCACCCACUGGCUAAUAGGGUUCACUCACCUCACACAUUAAUUCUCCUUGUCUCCAAAGCACUGGCUCACCAGUUCACCCACCACCCUCUCGGUGAGUGGACUCUCAUUCUCUCACCGUCACGCUUGUUGUUACCACAUUCUCUGACCUGCCCUUGCAACUAGCAGAAUGUGACAGGUGUCCAGGCUCCCGAGCCUCCACCUUCAUCCUCCUCUCCUACCUCCUCCUCUGCUGGAUCAGGAGCUUUCAGCAGCAUCCGUAGAGCAGGGGCUGGAGGGCUUGAGAACAGGAGGAGCCAUGACCCAAAGGCCAAAGAUGGGGGGGGGCGGGGACAGCCGUGCAGUUUCUAAGCCUCAUCUGAAAGCAAACUGCAAGGUCCCUUGUUCCCUACACUGUUGAGGAAGUCAAGAGCAGCAGCAGAUCAGUAAGGUACACCUGGGGACAUUCUGAGCAUGAGACGCCUCAAGAUGGCACAGGGACACAUCCAUGCAUCCCACCCCAUGGCAGGGACAGACACCGGCAGCAAGGGGGGAGAGUGAGGAGGGGAGGGGGCAGGCAUGGCGAGGUGUUUUUCUUCUGAAUGCUCAAACCACCCUUUGAAAGCGAUUGUACAUUUUACAGAGAAGCAAACUGAGGCUCAGGGAGACAAAUCAUUGACCCAGAGUCACAGGUGGUAGGCGCCAGAAUGCAAACCCAGGCCCGUGGGGCUUCAGACCUUGUCUCAGCUGUUUGGGGAGGGGACAGGAGCCUAGCGAAGCAAGAGGAAGGGACAGAGUUGGCGAGGAGCUUUGGCCCAGCCAGAGCAGCUGGGAACAACAGAGGCUGCUGGCAGGUCGCAGGGAGCCAGGAUGGGAGCUCGAGGUGAGUGGGGGCCCUCCCAGAGGCGCUGCUGCCUGCCCAGUGGGAGACUAGAAGAGAGGUCUCCUGUUCAAGGAUCCACCCGAGCAGUAUCUGAGCUUGAGAUUAGGUUUCCCAUUCAUGGACCGCAGGGCAACUUUAUCAUUAUAACAGCGCUGAGAGUGGAAGUCAAUGAUUUAGGAAGUGACUGAAUUAGGGCGCGUGGAGGUGGACAUCAGUGCCCAGCAUGUCGGGUAGGUGUCAGAGUGAGGGACAGAAAUGGCUUGGAGUGGCCGAAUCAGGGAUCAAAUGAAUGCUGGCGACUCACUGCCCACCUUGUAAGAUUGCUAAGUGAAUAUUAGUGAGUUAGGGCCCCCCCAGUUGUAAUUAGCACCCCGGGUGUCAGUCAGAGCUGACCAACAGCCAGAUCCCUGCAGCCGCGCCCAGCCUACCCAGUGGCGGGACGAUUAACCAUUAACCCCCACCCUCCCUGCAGAGCCUCCACCCCUGUGCAGAGGCUCCCAGAAGACACUUUGAAAGGAAGGGAGGCAGAGAAGGGACCCAGGAGGAGGUAGGGGGAGGGCGGAGGGCGGGGGCUGGGGCUCGGCCCAGAGGAAUCAGGGUGGGCUUCGAGUACAAGGUGGGGGCCUGAGGAGUGCAGGCCGGGGAGAAUGCGCCUCUCCAAAACCCUGGUCGACAUGGACAUGGCUGACUACAGUGCUGCUCUGGACCCGGCCUACACCACCCUGGAGUUCGAGAACGUGCAGGUGUUGGCGAUGGGCAAUGAUGCAUCUCCAUCGGAGGGUGCCAACCUUAAUGCGCCCAACGGCCUGGGUGUCAGUGCCCUCUGUGCCAUCUGUGGGGACCGAGCCACAGGCAAGCACUAUGGUGCCUCGAGCUGUGACGGCUGCAAAGGCUUCUUCCGGAGGAGCGUGAGGAAGAACCACAUGUACUCCUGCAGAUUCAGCCGGCAGUGCGUGGUGGACAAAGACAAGAGGAACCAGUGCCGCUACUGCAGGCUCAAGAAGUGCUUCCGGGCUGGCAUGAAGAAGGAAGCUGUCCAGAACGAGCGGGACCGCAUCAGCACACGGAGGUCCAGCUAUGAGGACAGCAGCCUGCCCUCCAUCAACGCGCUCCUGCAGGCAGAGGUCCUGUCCCAGCAGAUCACUUCCCCUGUCUCCGGAAUCAAUGGUGACAUUCGGGCCAAGAAGAUUGCCAACAUUGCAGACGUGUGUGAGUCCAUGAAGGAGCAGCUGCUGGUACUGGUGGAGUGGGCCAAGUACAUCCCGGCUUUCUGUGAGCUCCCGCUGGACGACCAGGUGGCCCUGCUCAGAGCCCACGCCGGUGAGCACCUUCUGCUGGGAGCCACCAAGCGAUCCAUGGUGUUCAAGGACGUGCUGCUCCUGGGCAAUGACUACAUUGUCCCCCGGCACUGCCCAGAGCUGGCCGAGAUGAGCCGAGUGUCCGUUCGCAUCCUGGACGAGCUGGUGCUACCCUUCCAGGAGCUGCAGAUCGAUGACAAUGAGUAUGCCUGCCUCAAAGCCAUCAUCUUCUUUGACCCAGAUGCCAAGGGGCUGAGCGACCCAGGCAAGAUCAAGCGGCUGCGCUCCCAGGUCCAGGUGAGCUUGGAGGACUACAUCAAUGACCGCCAGUAUGACUCACGCGGCCGCUUUGGCGAGCUGCUGCUGCUGCUUCCCACGCUGCAGAGUAUCACCUGGCAGAUGAUUGAGCAGAUCCAGUUCAUCAAGCUCUUUGGCAUGGCCAAGAUCGACAACCUGCUGCAGGAGAUGCUGCUGGGAGGGUCCUCCAGUGAUGCACCUCAUGCUCACCACCCGCUGCACCCUCACCUGAUGCAGGAGCACAUGGGCACCAAUGUCAUUGUUGCCAACACAAUGCCCACUCACCUCAGCAACGGACAGAUGUCCACGCCUGAGACUCCACAACCCUCACCGCCUGGUGGCUCAGGGUCCGAGCCCUACAAACUCCUGCCAGGAGCCAUUGCCACGAUCGUCAAGCCCCCUUCUGCCAUACCCCAGACGACCAUCACCAAGCAGGAAGUCAUCUAGCUAGCUGCCUGGGGCCGGGGCUCUGCCAGCUCACCCCAGCCCCCUCACAGAAUGCCCAGUGACUGCUUGGUCACAGCCACAGGAGGCGUGACAAGAGGGCCAGUUCCAGAGCAGGAAUGGAAAGGGGAAAGAGCCCAGGAACAUGGGCCGAGGGCCAUAUCCUAUUGCCACCCUUGAGCCCGUGCUCCGGACGAUAGGGCUUUGACUGGGGGAGACACCAGCUGGAAAGCCCUCUGCUGCCUGGGACAACUUGCCUCGUGUUGAAGCCACCACCUCCACCUUCAUCCAAAGCCCAGCUUCUUCACCCACUAAGGACAGCUGACUGGAGCGGCAUGGGGCCUUGCUUAGCCACAGCUCCCUCUCCCCGCAGCUGGGACCCUGCUCUCUCCUCCUGGUUAUGGUGUCCAGUCACAGCCCUGUGAGGUUGGGUCAGGUCGUGGCACCUUACUGCUCCCUCUUCUACUGGCCUUCACCUCAAAUUCCCUCUCUGCCUUCUGCUGUCACCUUCCUUGGCCAGCUUUCCUCUCUCUGGAGGCCGAGGAGGACUUUUAAGCCAUUCCCCAGGCAUCUUGGAACACUCUAUAAGCGCUGACUGGGGCUCAUCAAGGCAGGAGACUGCCGGCAGCAUGACACCAUCCCUCCUCCUCUGGCCCUGCCUCGCUUCCCUUCUUCAAGCACUGGGGUGAGCUCUUGGAGUGAUGGUCCCUGUGGGCUUCGAACAAUAAGCAAACAAUCCAAGGUUAACAGCUGCAAUGGGACUUGGGAGAGUGUGGGAGCAUGGGGCCUUGAAUGCCAUCCUGAGGCCAGGAGUGGUGUUGAGGGAGGGCCCAGGCUGUCAGAAGAUUAAUACAGCAUCCUUCAAAGGGUGCAAGAUUGGGAGGGAGCAGCAAGUCGGAUGGGGCUCAAGAUGUAAUGAAAAUGAGAGGUUUGAGAGUCAAGCAGGGGGUGGAUGAUCUGCAGAUGAGACUGAAGUUGAUUAUUCCUAGGCCUGUCUCAAGCGCAUCCUCCUGUCCAGACUCUGCGUUAAGCAUCAGACAUCCAGUGUCUCAUGGAACCCUCUCUAUUACCUAGAGACUAUUUCUGAAGGUACAGCUGAGUUCUAAGAAGUUAAGGGAUUUUUAAGUCUAAAGCUCGUACAGAUAGUGAGUGACUGAGACAGGUCAUGAACCCAGGUCUCCCCAGAUCACAGUAUGAACCCCUGUUUUCACUGUGAUCCCAUUGAGGGACUCUCUGGUCCUUCACCAGCCUCAGAACCCAGAGGCUCAUCUUUUUAGAAGACCUGCCAACACUCAGGUCCACUGAAGGUUCAGAGUCCUGUUUGCUGAUAAAUAUGAAGGCAAAUUCAUGAUUCUUGACUGCUUUUCACUCUUAAACUCUGGCAGAGGGGCAAUAAGGAUCUUGUUCCUGGGAGACAAACCAAUCUGGUCUGUCAGUCUAUAGAUGGAUGAAGGGCAGGGGAGGAUUAUAAAGUCUGACUUUGAGGCUUGCUCUAGCGAGCAUCACUCAAAGUACAUUCUGGAAACAUUAAACCCCAGGAUAGGGCAACCAGCCAAUCAUCCCUCUAAGAAUCUUUUUUUUGUUUUGGUACCAGCCAUUGAAUUCAAGACCUUGUGCUUACCAGGCAGGCACCAUGCUGCUGAGCUAUAUCCUGAUCCCUGUAGAACUUGAUGGCUUUGGGGGGGAUUCUGAAAAAUGCUACUGACCAGUGGGACUAAAAGGAAUGUGUCCUAAGACUAUAGCUGUGAUUAGGUAGGAGAGUGAGCUGUUAGACUGGUUACCUACGCUCUGCCCAAGGUUGACCCUUCUGAGCAGAUGGGGAGCUGUACCCAGGAGCCAGAUAUUCCACCAUUGGUGAUUGUUUCUUGUGGCAAGACAGGUAUGGAGACUUACUGGGGCCAUAUUUCAGAGGGAUCUGUAUUCUGAAGCUGUCAAGACUGGCCUCCCCACUCCAGCAAGCCAACUCUCAGAUUGUAGGAACAACCACAACCUGCUCAGAGCUCUCAAGCUUCCCCCAGCCACCCUCACCCCAGUGCUCCAGAAUUCCCAGCCAAAUGGCUCAGUCCAGUCUGCAUGAAGCAGAGAAGCUGGAAUCAUUCUGGUCAUUCUGGCUCUUCAUCCAGUCCCCCUGCCACUAAUGUCACUCAGGCCUCUCUGGGAGCAAAGUUGAGAGAACUGCCCAUGGAGUGGGGUAAUGGUGGCCUUUAACAGUAGCAAUCUUCUGGGGCAGCAGGUCAUUUCUCUGCCCCUAGUCCACCUUUUCUGGAGGAGAAAUCCAUUUUACAUCAAUAACUUUAUUCCAAUGCAAGAAACACAAAAUAAAGAACAGUUUACUUUCGUGGUUCUAAGCUGAGGAUACUACACUGGAAUUUUUUUUUUAACCCACAUUGUGAUCCUAAAACAUUACAUCCGAUGUACUAAAUGGGGUUGGUGAAAGGCAAGUGUGGAAAUUAUAGUAAUUCCUUCACCGGGACUACUCUUCAAGAAGUUCUCAGGAACAUCAGAAUCCAGGUAGCUCUCAGCAGAGGAGAGGGCUGCAGCUGGAUGCUCCUCAAUUUCUUACAAAGGCCAAGCCUAUUGUUGCCUUUGCCAGAUUUUUCUGUGAUCCAUCGUAGGAUAAAUUGUGAAAUUCACAUCGAGCAACCCUAGAAAUGGACUGCAUCCUCUCAUGACCUGCAUCUUCCUGUGAGAACAGAGAUGUCAUUAGGUCCCACACUGACCCCCCAACUCCCAUCACUGCUGCCCAAUGCGGCAAAGAAGCAAAAAUAUUUCAUACUCAUGUGUUUUAACAAAAAACAAAAGUUCAUACUACAAUAAAAUAAAUGGUGCAUAUGUUUUCUAA